AGCAAUUUCUUUUCUGGAAAAAAUCAUGCUUUUUAAAGCUCACCCAUAUAAUUCCCACUCAUUAUCUUUGUUGCUUAAAGCUCUUACCCUCCCACCUCCCCCUUAUCUCAUCUCUCACCAUCUCUCUCUUUCUCUAACCUAAACCACAUCAAUUCCAAAGCAAAAUUCCUUCAUUUACACAAACAAAAUAACAAAUAAAACUACACACCCAUAUCUCUUCCUCAAAAUGAGAAAGACCCACCAUACAUAAUAAACUAUAACCUCACUUAUCACUCUCAUAACAAACCACACUUUUAUUAUUUCCUCUCCAUGCGAUCAUGGAGGGAGGAGAUGAUCUCCACCACCAUCAUCAUCACCAUCAACACCAACACCACCAUCACCAACAACAACAACAGCGCCAGAAUCAGAACUUCCCAUUCCAGCUUCUUGAGAAAAAAGAAGACCAACAAGAAGCAGCUUCAUGUUCAACCUCUUCACCAUAUCCAUCACUAGCAAUCUCACCUACAGAACCAAGCACAUCAAAUUCAAACCGAUCCAACCAACUAGUACCAGCAGCAGCACCAACAACCUCCGACCCCGGAAGCAAAAAACCGCCUCCCAAAAGAACCUCCACCAAAGACCGUCACACCAAAGUAGAAGGCCGCGGCCGCCGCAUCCGAAUGCCUGCACUCUGCGCUGCUAGAGUUUUCCAACUAACGCGCGAACUCGGCCAUAAAUCCGACGGCGAAACCAUCGAAUGGCUCCUCCAACAAGCUGAACCCGCCGUUAUUGCCGCUACUGGUACCGGAACUAUCCCUGCUAACUUCACCUCUCUCAACAUCUCACUCCGUAGCUCAGGCUCUUCCAUGUCUGUUCCAUCUCAGCUAAGAUCUUCUUACUUCAACCCGAACUUCUCACUUCAGCAACGAAGAACUCUUUUCCCUGGAAUCGGUUUAUCUUCUUCAGAUAACAGUAGCAACAACAACAACAACAACACUUCAAUGCUUUUGAAUUUCCAAUCAAAUAACCUAACGAACAUGUUGCAGGCAAAACAAGAGCUUCGAGAUGGAAACGCAAACACAAACUCAAACGCGCCUUCUUCAUCAACGACGUUGGAUUUAUCAGAAACAAGCGGAGAAGAUCAAUCUAUGGGAGGAAGAAAAAGAAGACCUAGCAGCGAGCAAGAUUUAUCAUCAAUACAACAUCAAAUGGGAAGUUAUCUACUUCAGUCAAGUGCAGGUUCGAUUCCGGCAAGCCAUACUCAGAUGCCGGCGAAUAUAUGGAUGGUAGCGAAUUCCAAUAACCAAAUAAUGAGUGGUGGUGAUCCUAUAUGGACUUUUCCGUCGGUGAAUAAUAGUGCUGCUUUAUAUAGAGGAGCAGUAUCAACAAGCGGUUUACAUUUUAUGAAUUUUCCACAGCCUAUGGCUUUGUUACCAGGUCAGCAAUUAGGUAAUUCAUCCGUUGGCGUCAGCGGUGGUGGUGGAAGUAGUGGCGGAGGAGGAGGAGGUGGUGGAAAUAUCAAUAUGAAUAUGAACAUGAAUGAAGGACAUUUGAGUAUGCUUGCUGGUCUUAGUCCUUAUCGUCCGGUUUCCGAUCAUCAAUCUCAUCAACAACAACAUCAACAACAACCAAGUGGAUCACAAUCACAUCACCGCGGUGGUAGCCACGACGAUCGACAUGAUAAUUAAUAACAAAAGUCAUCACCACCACUGGUUGAAGAAUAUCAUCAUCUUUUGCUUCAUCUUCAUCUUCUUCUUACAUUACUUGUCUAGUAGUUUGAUUUGAUGAUGUGUUUAAUUUUAACACACGUGAGGUUUGUUUAAUCUUAUUCUAAAUUGAGUUUUAUUAUUA